AUGAGCCAGGACGAGAGGCCACCCACAGUUCUCCAACCUGGGCAGGACCUGGCGCUCCGGCCCGAUGGGCCAGGACAGUCCCAGACUGCAAGGCCUCCACUCUCACCCAAGGGGGUCCAUGCCAAUGAGGAGAGACCUGCCCACGGGGUCUUCUGGAAGACUGCCUCCCCCAGCCCGCCUCUGGACUGCACCUCACCCCUGCCUCCCCCAGCCCGCCUCUGCACUGCCUCACCCCUGCCUCCCCCAGCCCGCCUCUGCACUGCCUCAACCCUGCCUCCCCCAGCCCGCCUCUGCACAGCACCUCACCCCUGCCUCCCCCAGCCCGCCUCUGCACUGCACCUCACCCCUGCCUCCCCCAGCCCGCCUCUGCACUGCACCUCACCCCUGCCUCCCCCAGCCCGCCUCUGCACUGCCUCACCUCUGCCUCCCCCAGCCCGCCUCUGCACUCCUCACCCCUGCCUCCCCCAGCCCGCCUCUGCACUGCCUCACCCCUGCCUCCCCCAGCCCGCCUCUGCACUGCCUCCCCCCUGCCUCCCCAGCCCGCCUCUGCACUGCACCUCACCCCUGCCUCCCCCAGCCCGCCUCUGCACUGCCUUACCCCUGCCUCCCCAGCCCGCCUCUGCACUGCACCUCACCCCUGCCUCCCCCAGCCCGCCUCUGCACUGCCUCACCCCUGCCUCCCCCAGCCCGCCUCUGCACUGCCUCCCUCUGCCUCCCCCAGCCCGCCUCUCCCGCCUCUGCACUGCCUCACCCCUGCCUCCCCAGCCCGCCUCUGCACUGCACCUCACCCCUGCCUCCCCAGCCCGCCUCUGCACUGCCUCCCCCUGCCUCCCCCAGCCCGCCUCUGCACUGCACCUCACCCCUGCCUCCCCCAGCCCGCCUCUGCACUGCCUCCCCCCUGCCUCCCCCAGCCCACCUCUGCACUCCUCACCCCUGCCUCCCCCAGCCCGCCUCUGCACUGCCUCCCCCCUGCUUCCCCCAGCCCGCCUCUGCACUGCUUCCCCCCUGCCUCCCCCAGCCCGCCUCUGCACUGCCUCACCCCUGCCUCCCCCAGCCCGCCUCUGCACUGCACCUCACCCCUGCCUCCCCCAGCCCGCCUCUGCACUGCCUCCCCCCUGCUUCCCCCAGCCCACCUCUGCACUGCCUCCCCCCUGCCUCCCCAGCCCGCCUCUGCACUGCCUCACCCCUGCCUCCCCCAGCCCGCCUCUGCACUGCCUCACCCCUGCCUCCCCCAGCCCGCCUCUGCACUGCCUCACCCCUGCCUCCCCCAGCCCGCCUCUGCACUGCCUCACCUCUGCCUCCCCAGCCCGCCUCUGCACUGCCUCCCCCCUGCUUCCCCCAGCCCACCUCUGCACUGCACCUCACCCCUGCCUCCCCAGCCCGCCUCUGCACUGCCUCCCCCUGCCUCCCCAGCCCGCCUCUGCACUGCCUCCCUCUGCCUCCCCCAGCCCGCCUUUGCACUCUAACCCCCCGGGGAUAGACAGCCAGGACUACAGUCCAGAAGGGCACAGAAAGGCACAGCAGGGCCUUCCCAACCCCAGCAGCCCUCCCUGA